CGAUUUUACCCUCGCUAAAUCUGAUCAUAAUUGCUUAUGCUAUUACUAUAGCCCAGGGAUGUGGAGAAUGGACAGCUGUUAUUUGCAAUAUGAGGAAUGUGACAUGUGACUGGCGAUGUGGGACAAGAAGAGAGUAUACUAAUGUCAGAUGACCUUUUCCUGCAACCAGUUCACGUCUGCUAAUAUUACUACUACAGUAACAUAACAGACUUUAUCAUCUGUAGGAAAUCAACCCUGAAGAGGAAGGUGACAUUGGAAUCGUCAUGGAGUCACUAGAAACUACUGCAGAGGUGAAAAGCUCGAAAGAGGCUCUGGAUAAGACUGUUCCCCAGAGAAAGUCAGCAGCACCAGAACAUAUGACUGCCCAAACUAAAACACCCCCCUCGGCUGAUUCGGAAGGGGAGGGGUGGCAUCUAUGCCCAGAACCUGAGGAGGACCAGAGUAGAAUCACAUAUUGUUCAACAGAUAUGUCUGACUCAGGGAAACUCAGACAAUUAGAAGGGAAAUCACUACGCCAAUUACAGGAUCAACCCUGCAGUCAUCCUCAUUACAACGUAUUAACCUCGUAUCCACCACAGGAGAGACAGACAGUUCCCUUUGCGAGACAGAAAACAGCAGAUCACUUGCUUUCUGCACUGCCACUUGUCAGCUGUGGAGGGCCCUCUCCUCCGAGGAGCUCCCCCAGUUUACCCGUGUCUCUCCAACACUGUUCCCAGUCAGGAAUAGAGGAACUAUCCAAGGAGGUGUGUAGUAAAAUGGAGCAGAAGCAGCAACAGAGACCUGGGAAGUAUGUUUGUGAUUAUUGUGGGAGGGCAUGUGCCAAACCCAGCGUACUUAAGAAGCAUAUUCGCUCACAUACUGGGGAGAGACCCUACCCCUGCGUGCCCUGUGGUUUCGCCUUCAAAACCAAGAGUAAUUUAUACAAACACAGAAAAUCUCAUGCUCACUCGGUCAAAGCUGGGACAGUGCCAUUUUCAGAACUGGGUUCUUACAAUGUCAACAUGGAAGACCGGGGAUCUUUAGAAGGAGAAGGAGAGUUCUACUCUGAUGCUGAGCAGAGCUCGGACACGGACGAAGACGAUUCAUCGCUCUUGGACACUGUUUCAGUGGAGGAACCAGAUAGCACCACUGCUGUUAAAGUACUGAAUCUCAUUGCCCAGAAACAGGGAGUUACAUUAGCAUCAACAUUAUCUGAGGACGGUUCACCCAGGCUCUUGGAGAUCAAUGCUGCUCAAGCUGUUUCUCAGGUCAGCCAUGCAAUCCAAUCCAGCGCCAUCAAGCAGAGGCUGGCACUCCGGCUCUCAGAGAAAAGGAGCAGUGACACUGACACAUCUCUCUCCCUGCCUAGCCAGGGAAGCAAAGGCAGCACAGACUCAGGCUACUUCUCACGCUCUGAGAGUGCUGAACACCAAACAGGUGGUCCUCCCAACACAAACGCCAAGUCCUAUCAAGAGAUAAUGUUUGGAAAGUGUUACAAGCCGAACCCGAAACAACAGGCCAUAACUGUUGUGACUUGCAGGACAGACUUAAUGAGCGAUCGUAAGACAUCGGAGCGAGGUGUUUCCCGCGUAUUCACACAAGAAAAGGAAUCAAUGGUUGAAUCGAUCAGAAUAAACACACAUUCAUUUACAAGGGAGGACAUUAAGGAGGCUCAACUAGAGCUCUCUGAUUCUGGACAGCUGGUCCGGAGCAACUCGAUGCCCACGUCCUCGGUGGCAUGUCAGGACAUGUCACAAGGCCUGCGAGGCAGCCACUCCUUCGAUGAAAGGGCGUCCCCUGGAGGCAUUAGGAGACUUACGAGACAGGCUGCCUUUGAACACUCUGCACACGAUGGACCUCCUGACCACUACGGAAACAUCUCUGAUAUUUCCAACCUUGGAGUGGAUAUGGACAGUUUCAUCAUCCAACAAAAGCAAGCGAUGGAAUAUGCGACGAGGAAACGGCGGAAGGAAAACUGUGUUGCGGAGGAGGAGGAUGUAGGAGGCCAGUAUCACACAGACUAUGACCACUCUGAAGAGAUGAGGGACUAUGAUUCAAAGCAAACCUCUCAAGGUGCUCUAACCACUACAUCCUCAGUGAAAGGACAUGCCCAAAGCGUUCACACACAGGAUAGAACACAACGUGAUAGACUGGAAAGGGAAAUGUGGGAAAAGAGAGAGCGAGAAGAGAGAAGAUCUUUAGGUAACGUCAUCUCUGUGAUUCAACACACUAACUCCCUUACCAGGUCUCUCUCUGAACAGUCAGAUUCCUACAACUACCAGAGACGGGAUAAGUCUUCCUCAAUGGACGUGGUGGAGCAAAGCGAAACUAGAGAGAUGCACAAAAGGACUGAGAUCUUUGCACACCAGUUGAGUGACAGUAGAUUAUUAGAUAAAUCGUAUCAAAUGACACCUAAGCUAGUCCGUCAGUCUAACAUACCGGUCCCAGAGAUCAGGGUGACUGUAGAACCAGACAGUCCAGAGAAAGAGAAAGCAGCUGAGGUGAAACAGGUGAAGGCGAAGGAGCCCGAUAGACAUAUAGAGGAGUUCCAAUGGCCUCAGAGGAGUGAAACCCUGUCUCAGUUCCCCCCAGAGAAACUCCCUCCAAAGAAGAAGAGACUGCGCUUAGCUGACUUGGAGCACUCCUCUGGCGAGUCUAGCUUCGAGUCGGCUUGUACGAGCCUCUCCCGGAGCCCCAGUCAAGACAGCAACCUAUCCUACUGCUCCAGCUUCUCGUUUGACCGAGAGGAGAAAGAGAGAGAGGUUAUCCCCAAGCCAGCUUCCCGGCUGCUACAGGAUGAGUUUGGCAAAGCAUUGGAGUUCUUAGCGGUGCCAGGAAGCGGCUACUCCCUCUCUGUCCUAAACCAACGUCAACAACAUGAAAUGAGACGUACCUCUUCAGAACAGGCACCGUGCCACUCCCAGUGCAGAGAGCUCCCAGAGGUCCGCAGCGUAUCGUUUGACUAUGGCAGUCUCUCUCCAACGGCCAAAGUUAGACAUGCGGAACUCAGCGCUAGCUACUCGGAGCCCAGACGGGGUAACUUGGUAAGACAGGAGUCCUUGAAUGUUAACCUUGAAUUUGCACAUCCAGUCCUUCCGCUAAAUAUUCUUCCUCAGUACCUCAGCAGUGCCCUGUCGUUCUCAUCCACCGCUCUGCACUCUCAGUGUCUGCCAAUGUUCUCCCCUCAGCCGUCACAUUCUGGUCUCCUAGUUCCUGUUAGAAUCCAGACUCACGUGCCAUCCUAUGGUAGCAUCACAUACACCACUGUGUCCCAAAUUCUAGAUGAUCCGUUCGAAAGCGUUAACUCCACCAGAACCUCUUUACUCACUUCUCACUUUGCAAAUUUAGCCACGAAUUUGGAAACAUCUAAUAUAUUAUUAGGACACCCUCGAGGACUGUUGACCAGCCCAGUCCAGGUUCACGUUCUAGAUCUGCCCCCAGCUAAGCUGAAGACAGGCAUCCCUCUCUCCCUGACCUCCAGGACGAUCUCCACCACCAACUGUGGGUCCAGUGGUGGGUCCAACAAGCGCAUGUUGUCUCCGGCCAGCAGCUUGGACCUGUUCAUGGAGGUCAAACAGCAGAAACGCGUCAAAGAGGAGAAAAUGUACGGUGAGAUAGUGGAGGAGUUGGGUGCUGUGGAAUUAGGGAAUUAUAAUGUGACUGAAGAGAACAAGCACAGUUUAAAGUCAGAGUUUCAAAGUGACACCAACCAGGGAGCAUCACUGUCAGGCUUUCCUUCAAAAUCCUCUUUGUCUGCCUCAUCAUCGCUUCAUUCUCAUAACGAGCCAGCGAGUGGAAGCUUCAUCUCACCUCAGCAACAAGGGUCAGGAAGUCCUGAUUCCCCUAUGGAUAACUCCCCAACAGAAGCAAGCCUACAUCCACAUGCUCUGCUUUCUCUAAAGGAUUUCGAUGAGUCUGGCAUGGACAGCAAGGCACAGAUGGAGGUGCUGGUGCAGCUAGUCAAAGGUCAGGGCAUCCUCAUCUCUGACGGGGAAAACACCAAACGGAUAUCUCAAUUUCCAAGUCUCCGCACAAUGACAGCUGUGAGUUGGUGCUAUCUGAACUACACCAAGCCAAACAGCACUCACAGCAGCUCUCCCCUGUCCUCUGUAUACGCUACGUGGGGCAUCAGUUCCCAGAACCCCAACCCUCCUAACCUCAACACCAGUGAAACCCUGGCUCUGCUCCGCUCCAAACAGACGACUAACACAUGGGGGUACACCAUGGCUGCCAUGUACCAACCUGGGACUGGGAAGCUGGUCUCCUCCUCACUCUUAUGGAGGCAGAAGCUCGGGCUGCUACAGAGCAAACCGGAGCUCAACGAGCUGGAAGGGAGCUCCUAUGGAAGGAAAGUGAAGGAUGCCAGCUGCAGGGUAAAAACAGGGAAGGAGGACUGGAAAGAGAGGGAGGUCUCCUCGAAACAAACAGCAGUGCCAACACCAACACCAACACCAACCCGGAUCAAAAUAUUUGAAGGAGGGUUCAAGUCCAAUGAGGACUAUGUGUACGUAAGGGGCCGGGGCCGGGGGAAGUAUAUCUGUGAGGAGUGUGGCAUCCGCUGUAAGAAACCUAGCAUGCUGAAGAAACACAUACGCACCCACACUGACGUCAGGCCCUACGUCUGCAGGGUCUGCAACUUCGCUUUCAAAACUAAAGGAAACCUGACCAAGCAUAUGAAGUCAAAGGCUCACAUGAAGAAGUGUCUUGAGCUUGGUGUGUCAGUCACAGUGGAUGAUACAGAGACACUGGAAUCUGAUGACAUCCAGCAAGACUUGAAGGCCGGGGUCUUGAGCUCAGCCAAACACCAGUUCUCAGAUGCAGAUGACUCCGAUGGCAUGGAUGAAGAGAUCGACGAUAUCGACGAAGAUGAUGAGGACGAGGACGACUACGACGGUGACUCUACUCCCAAGAUCCUUUCCCGGAGCACCAGCCCUCAGCCCUGUGGCGUAGCCUCUCUGUCGGUCACAGCUGCCGCUGUCAUCCAGGGUGUGUCGUCAGACGUCCAUGGCUGUCCCCUCAGUUCCUUCCAUCCCCUCCCCAGCUGCCUCUCAACCUACACCCUACCUAGCGUCGAUAUCCACCCCCAUCCCACCUCCACCCUGUCGGUCAUCGAUGUCCACCCCCAUCCCCAUCCCCAUCCCGCCUCCACUGUCAGGAGGACAGGGCCAGACCGGAGGACUGUCUUGGCCUCCAGCCUGGACAAGGAAGACUGUAGCCUGGCCAUGCUGUCUACUGACCAGGGCUGUCUGUUCUUUGACCCCUACCCCACCUGUCUGCUGUCCCCCGGCUGGGAGUCCCCUCUGAGGGAACCGCCUAACUCCCGCCUCGGCUACCCCUCAACCCGGAGAGACCUCUCCCCCCGGGGACGCUCCUCACCUCGAUGGGACACCUCCCCGCUGAGGCCCAGCUCCCCCAACCUCACCCCCAUCCAGCACCUCUUCCCGGCCUGUAUGGAGAGGCCCCUGUCCCCAGGUGGAGUGGACCUGGCUGGGAGGAGACAGAGGGUGGUGCUCAGGGCUGUGUCUCCACGUAGAGGGGGCUCACAACAUAGAGACUCUGGGGAUAAAACCAGGCAGCAAGCCAAGGCUGAACUGGUCCAGCAGGGAGAAGCCAUUGAAAUGGAUAUGGAUCAGAGGAGAAGCGUGCCUCCCUGCCUGCCUGGGUCCGCCUGCUCCAGUUGUCCCCGUCAGAACCUCUUCAGCCACCUCCCCCUACACUCUCAGCAGCAGCCUGGGACUCUCCUACCCAUGGUGCCUAUUGGAGGAAUCCAGGUACUGCGCUCUCUGCCCUCCUGCAGCUCUGACCGGACCCAUCUGUCAGCCCUAUCCCCUCAAAAGACUGAGCUCCACCAGGACAAGGAGGGAUCUGUUUGUCUGGCAGCCCUCGGUGCAGAGGACUCAGGAGCCCGGCAGCAGGAGAGGGAGUGGGGGAUGGAGAGGGAGAGGCUGUCCCCCCUCCAGACACCCCGGGACUCUGAGGAGGAGAACCCCCCUGUCUCUGUCCUCAUGGUCAGGAACCCUAAGCAGGAAGAGGUUCUUCAGACCUGCACCAAGGCCAUCGCCUCCCUCAGGAUCACCUCUGAAGAGCAUCUAUAGACUGGGGUUGCAUCCCAAAUAGCACCCUAUUCCCUAUAUAAAGCACUACUGUUGACCAGAGGGCUCUCGUCACAAGUAAUGCACUAUAAAAGGAAUAGUGUACCAUUUGGGCCUUUCCUCAUAUGGGACGUUCUUUGGUGCUUCCUCCAGGAGCAGCUGAGCCCCCCCCCCCAUCCAACAUCCAGUCCUCAGCUAGCAUGGUUCUAGAUCAAUUAGCGAUGUCUUGACAACUGCUAUGGUCACGCCAACUUCUCUGGUCACAUAUGAGUUGGCAAGACAGCACAAAUAGAUAUGGAACCAGGCUACGGCCACAGUUCCUCUCAACCUCAUUCCACUAGACAGGCAGACAGGCAGACAGACAGGCAGACAGACAGGCAGACAGACAGGCAGACAGGCAGGCAGACAGGCAGACAGGCAGACAGGCAGGCAGGCAGGCAGGCAGACAGACAGGCAGGCAGGCAGACAGGCAGACAGACAGACAGACAGACCGACAGGCAGACAGACAGACAGACAGACAGACAGACAGACAGACAGACAGACAGACAGACAGACAGACAGACCCCAUUGGUUGGGUGUUGGGGGAUUCUUCUCUCAGUUUCAGUCACUUCAGGUUUCUUCAUGUUAGUAAUGCAACGGUCAUGUGUCUUAACAUUCCCCUCCCCUCACCAUACUAUGAUCUAUAUCUGAGAGGAAAACAAACCUUUAAAAACAGAGACUUUAAUACUCUCUAUGAAUUUUUUGGAACUUUCAGGUCAGUGGAGUUCCUCGCAGCAAAGGAUAAGCAAGAGGACGGUUGAAGUAGUGGACAUAGGUGCAAUAUAUGGGAUUUAAAGAGAAUGCUUCUACGUUAAUUAUGCUUGCAUAUACUUGCACACAAACAGAAUCAUUUAUAUUUAUUAUACCCCAUAACCCACUCUUAACGUAUUUAUUCAUAUAAAUGCAUAUGUGUACUAUUUUCAAAAUAGGCUUGUUGUUGAAAUUGUAUUCAUAUCGAGUGAUUAGUUAAGAAUUUGAUUCUUGGAGAGAAAUUGGAAAGGAAAUAAUGGGGAAAGUAUCUAAAAAUAUGAAAGUAUUUGAAAACUGAAUCUGACCAAAUUUAGUGUAGACUUGCUUUUUGUCCAGUUUGGUGCUUUUGAUUGAAAAGCAAAGAUCUGUGCCUUUUCUUUGCUUUCUACAUAUGUUUUAAAUAAUCGUAUUAAGCGAGGAAAAAGUGAAUAUCAUGUUUAAGGAACUUUGAAUCAGAAUUGUCUGGCGUGACAGUGUUAUUAUCAACAAAGAAAUUGCACAAAAAAAAUUGCUUUUACUUUGUGGAAUUAAAUUGCUGUUUUUCUAGCUACAUUUUAUGUAAAAUAUAUCUAUUUGAAAUAUUUGUUAUGUGGCAGAUUCUCAAUGUUGUGGUUUUAGCUUUUUGAACAAAUGCACGAGUUUUUGCUAUUGCACAAAUAGAGAAGUGCAUACGUUUAUUGUAAGAUGUCUUUAUAUAUUAGAAAAGUAUGCUUUUAUUGAUGGUAAAUAUUUGUCUACUAUUUAUAUGCUGUAUAUGAUCUCCACUUAUGCAACAGUGUGUCUCACUGACCCAUGCUUAUGAGAUGCUUGUGAGAGGCUUAUGAGAUGCUUAUGAAGUCAUGUCAUUGCAUUAUAACUAUAAUGGCUUUAAGCAAUCGUUGUUCGUUAUUCUGGCCUUUGAACCUUUUAUGAAUUUAAAUAAGCACUUUCAUCCUAUAUUUUAUAUCUGACUGAGAUGGUUAUUAAGGAGAAAUAAAAAAACAAUCAUGUGUUCUAGUGUCACUUCAAACAUUCCACUACUAUGAAGUGAUUGUUAUGUGUGUGCACGUACAGGGCACAUAAGUUUAACUCCUCUUUAAUUUCAAGUGUAAAUUCAUUUGACUUUAAAUUGUUGGUAAAGAAGAUGGGGUGGGUUGAGUAGUUUGUAACGACCUGUACCGACGUACCUUGAAAUUCACAUUUCCUUUACGUCCAAUUUUAAACCAUUUUUUUCAGUGUUGAAUUCACAUGACUUUUUAUGUGAAUUGUAGGUACAGAGAUAAACGACCAAGAUUAUCUUUUCAGAGGUAAAAAUAAAUAAAUAAUGGCUGCAUUUCCAAUAUGGAAGUUAACAGGAAUGUUAGCAAAUUGACAUUUUGACAUUUACAGGUUCACCGUUGAGGCAUGAGUUAGUGGACUGAUUUGAAACACACAACUCGACAUGUUUACAUUACAAGCACUGAGUUAUAAAUCAACUUUACCUCUCACAAGAAUAUCUGGGGUAGCUAUCGCUGGACCCACUCAAUGAACAUGCUGUCUGGUAUGUAGCGUAUAGCUACAGGGUUAUGUUAUGUGUGUAUACAGAUGGAGAAUAGAAAGUCUUGCAAACAAUAGAUAGGACUUUCUGUUGGAUUUCAUUUGACUGCAGAUUAUCAUUUUGUAUCAUCUCUCCUGCUACUGAACUACACUGAGUACACCAAACAUCAGGAACACCUUCCUAAUAUUAAGUUGCACCCCCCCCCCCCCCUUGUCCUCAGAACAGCCUCAAUUCGUGGGGACAUGGACUCUACAAGGUGUUGAAAGUGUUCCACAGGGAUGCUGGCCCAUGUUGACUCCAAUGCUUCCCACAGUUGUGUCAAGUUGGCUGGAUGUCCUUUGGGUGGUGGACCAUUCUCGAUACACACAGGAAACUGUUGAAAGUGAAAAACUCAGCAGCUUUGCAGUUCUUGACACGAACCAGUACACCUGGCACUUACUACAAUACCCCGUUCAAAGGCACUUAAAUAUUUUGUCUUCCCCAUUCACCCUCUGAAUGACACACACACACAAUCCGUGUCUCAAUUGUCUCAAGGCUUAAACAUCCUUCUUUAACCUGUCUCCUCCCCUUCAUCUACACUGAUUGAAGUGGACUUAACAAGUGACACCAAUACGAGAUCAUAGCUUUCACCUGAAUUAACCUGGUCAGUCUAUGUGAUGGAAAGAGCAGGUGUUCUUAAUGUUUUGUUUACUCAGUGUGUUUUCUGUUGCAGAGUAUCGUCUGUGUUUUAUUCCACUAUGUCAUAUCUAUUGAACUGUGCUUCUCGUGUUUAUUAAAGUCUGUGUUAAAUCACAGAUCCUUUACCCAUCA